CGAAAUUCCAAAGAGCCGCCUCCGGACACUCGAGCUCUCCCCCUCAGACCCCGCCUUUGCUUUGAUUGUCAUUAGGUGAUUACAGGUUACUGCGGGAAAGAUGGCUACAGCAGUGGCUCAAGGAAAUGCUGGCAAUAAUGCCUUCAAGGAUAAGGAAAAGCCUAUGGCUGUCCGAAAUGCCAACAUCAUGGCAGCCAGAGCUGUCGCCGAUGCUAUCAGAACAUCGCUUGGACCACGAGGAAUGGAUAAGAUGAUUCAAUCCGGCAAAGGAAAUACCAUCAUCACGAACGAUGGAAAUACUAUGCUGAAGUCCAUGAGCGUUAUGCACCCCGCGGCCAAAAUGCUAGUCGACCUCAGUGCGGCACAGGAUGUGGAAGCAGGUGAUGGAACUACCUCUGUCGUUGUCAUCGCCGGCAGUCUGCUCGGCGCUGCAGAACGCCUGUUAGGCAAGGGCAUCCAUCCUACGAUUAUCGCUGAAUCUUUCCAGAGAGCUGCUGCUGCCGCGGUUGAGAUUCUCCACGGAAUGUCGAUUCCUAUCAACCUGACCGACCGUGCGACUCUCCUCCAAGCCGCCUCCACCUCCCUUUCUUCGAAGAUCGUGUCACAGCACUCGAGUCUCCUGGGCCCGAUGGCGGUCGACUCAGUUCUGAAAAUUAUCGACCCUAAAACUUCGGACAACGUGGAUCUACGGAAUAUCCGAAUUGUCAAGAAGGUCGGCGGUACCAUCGAAGACAGUGAGAUGAUCGACGGCUUGGUUCUGAACCAGCCCGUUAUCAAGAGUGGUGGAGGUCCCACGAGAAUUGAGAAGGCGCGGAUAGGUCUUAUUCAGUUUCAACUUAGUCCACCGAAGCCUGAUAUGGAGAACCAAAUUGUCGUCAAUGACUACCGACAAAUGGAUAAGAUCCUGAAGGAGGAGCGCCAAUACCUUCUCAACAUGGUGAAGAAGAUCCAGAAGACUAAGUGUAAUGUCUUGCUGAUCCAGAAAUCUAUUCUCCGUGAUGCCGUGAAUGAUCUCUCGCUCCACUUCCUUUCUCGUCUCAAGAUCCUCGCCGUCAAGGACAUCGAGCGUGAUGAGGUUGAGUUCAUCUGCAAGAGUCUCGGUUGCAAGCCCAUCGCGAACAUCGACUCUUUCACUGAGGACAAACUGGGCACCGCUGACCUCGUUGAGGAGGUUCAAUCUUCGGGCGCACGCUAUGUCAAGGUCACCGGCAUCAAGACCCCUUCGAGCACGCCGAACCAGACUGUUUCGAUUGUCGCUCGUGGUGCCAACAACUUGAUCUUGGAUGAGGCAGACCGGUCGAUCCAUGACGCGCUCUGUGUCAUUAGGUGCUUGGUGAAGAAACGUGCCCUAAUUGCUGGAGGUGGUGCGCCAGAAAUCGAGGUCGCACACCGUCUCAGCAUGCGUUCCCGUGAGCUUAGUGGGACAGAGUCCAUUUGCUGGAAGGCUUUCGCGGACGCCAUGGAAGUCAUCCCGACCACUUUGGCCGAAAACGCUGGUCUCAACUCGAUUAAAGUUGUGACUGAUCUGCGCCACCGUCAUGCUCAGGGCGAACAGAAUGCUGGUGUUAGCAUCAGGAGCGGUGGUGUCAAGGACAAUAUCACAGAGGAGAGAGUCCUUCAGCCUCUGCUAGUGAGCACAAGUGCAAUUGAGCUCGCAGCGGAGACAGUGAAGAUGAUUCUGAGAAUCGAUGAUAUUGCCUUGUCAAGAUAAUUUGGGUGUGAUGCAUGUUAAAAGAGGGGCAUUUUUAUCUCCUGGUGACGAUGCGGAAUUGAGGCUGGGAAAAGCAAAAAAGUGUUGCAAAUAGAUACAGCCAAGAACCAUACCAGUCAUUUUAAUAUGAUCAUAUCUCAGUUUCCAAGACACUUAUAUCUCCCGUACAAUCAAAGAUUCAAUGUAGAAGGUACGAGCGCUUUGUAAGCUUUUGC